CCCGGCGCGGUCACGGGAUCGCCCGGCGCAGCGAUGGCGGCGCCCAGAGCAGCAAUGGCGGGUCGCAGCGCCGUGUGGCUCGGCGGGGACUCGGUGGAGUGGGUGCCGUGCCCCUACGAUGUCCAUCACCGCGUGCCCCGAGCGUCGCUGGAGAGGCACUCGGCGUCCUGCCGGCUCCGCAAGAUGGGAUACUCCGCCGAGGAGGAGGCCGAGAUGUACGACUGCAGCUUUUUCUACGAGAACCUGAAAGUUCCCACCGUCGCCAUGGAUAAAGAUCUACAGUUUCAUAUUGUUAAGCAGGCUAGAGCUCAAAGUGUGAAGGAAGGUGCAGGCUACAGCGAAGGAUCUUACUCAUUACUGCCUGUAGAAGUUCCUCAAAACCACAAGCGUUUCACCUGUGACCUGACUCAAGCUGACCGCCUCGCUCUUUAUGAUUAUGUUGUUGRGGAAACAAAGAAACAGAGGUCAAGAUCCCAGAUAACAGAAAAUGACAGUGAUCUCUUUGUGGAUUUAGCAGCGAAAAUCACCCAAGAUGAUAGUCAGAAAGGUCCAAAGUCCCAUCUUGAAAUUCUGGCUGAAAUGCGAGAUUACAAAAGGCGGCGGCAGUCAUACAGAGCUAAGAAUGUUCACAUAACAAAGAAGUCCUACACUGAGGUGAUUCGGGAUGUGAUUGGUGUGCAUAUGGAAGAGCUCAGCAAUCAGUGGCAGGAGGAGAACAGCUUGGAUAAUGCAGACUUAUGUGAAGGAGGGAAAUCAAAAUCUUCAGGAAGAAGGGAAGACAGACGGUCAGCUUCAGUGGACUCCCGGCAGUCUGGGGGAAGCAGUAAGGAUACAGAAUGCACAAGACACAGGAGAGACGGCAGCAGGAGUCCAAGUAAAAGAAGAAGGAGUCGUGAGAGAGGCAAAGACAGAGACUCUCGGAGAAAAAGAGAGAGGGAUGAAGACAAGUAUCACAACCAUAAAAGAAGAAAGUAGAAACAAGAACCUCAUUAUUUUGUUUGUCAGCUGUUCAAAAUUUAACUUGCACAAGAACUGUUGUUACUCUUUUGC